UUUGACGUUUGGUUUUUGUAUAUUUUGUGAUGUUUUUAAUUUAAAUGCUUCUUUUUCCAAUUUUAUUAUGCAAUUAUUUAUGUUACUAAAGUGAUUCUAGCAAAACCAGUGCAAUAUAACGUAACAAACAAUUUCUAACUUAAAUCAAAUGUUUAUUAAAAUAUCGCCAAUAUUCGUUCGCAAUCUUAAGUAGAUCAAUUUUGUCCUCCUUAGUUUUUGAGUGUUGGCAUUCUACAAUAUUUUUUUUGCAUUGUUUUAAAUAGAAGAGAGAAAAAAAAGUUUGUAAAUUUUGAGCAAUUCUUGCUUGGAAUAAUUCAAUUUUAAAUGAAUUUUUUGAUGACUUCAACACAAUGGAAACUCGAGGAACACUUUUCCGAGAAAUUCAUAAAAAUACUUGGCUGAAAAGACUUACAGUUGACAAUAAAAAGAUAACAGUUGGUUCAGGCUCCAAGAAAUCUGAUCGUUCGUGGGUGGUGUUCUGUGUGCACGAUGAUUGCGAAGCAACAUUAGAGGGAUAUGUUGACAUGAGAGAGGCCGGUUCUCACAUACCCGAAUGGACGGUCAAUUUGCAAACAACACUGCACAUUUCACAUGCUCUGGUGCCGUCGGAACAGGAAUAUGAAUUUGUCAUCACUUUAGCCUCGGAUGUGGUUCGAUUCAACGCUGCCAGCUGGGAAAUAAUGCAAGAAUGGGUCGACACGUUACGUCAGAAAUUGAGAGAAAUGAAAAUUCUGUCGCCCAGAGAGAAUCUGUACAGUAAAUUACCGGAAAUUCGUGCACCACUGUUACCUACUCGCGAUCCUACAUCACCGUUACCGGCUCCACCUCCCGUUCCGGCAGCGAUCGUUCCAGGAAUCGAACGAAUUGCAUCGGCUAGUCCGUCAUCACAUUCCACAACCGGCAGUAAUCGAGCUAUUCAACCGUCAAUACCGAGUUCAACGCCAGUUUCUACAACAACCAUAACAUCACCAACUACUCAAACAUCUACAGUGACAACGUCUCCAUCAUCACAAGUGACGUCGUGUGUUCCAUCAUUAUCGUCAGCGUCAGCAUCCUUUUCACCCAUUCCAGUCACAGCAAUGUCGAAUACUCUAACGCAGAAUCUGAUGAAUAUGCUCUCGAAUCCCGUGUCCACUUACAGUAGUCAACUGUCCAACAUACAGUCAAGCUCAAAUUCAUCGAAUGGAUCCAUUGACGAUGCAUUCUUUUUCGAGGAUGAGCCUGCUGUAACCGGAUCUAGUCAACUAUCUGAUUUAAAUUUCAUGCACGAAUGUGCCGCGAAAAACCGGAAGGAAUUAUUUCCUAAAGUCGACAAUCUACCAUCGUUGGCCAAGACAUUUUCGGAUAAUGUCUUGGCCGAUCCGAACACCUGCGCGUCAACAUCCACAGCAUCAAUGCAGAAUUCAUCCGAUUUGCUUCUUCAAAAUGAUGGAGAAACUAGCAGUAGUUCGUCAACACCAUCAGCUGUUUAUCAGGACGAACCGUUGGUCAUUCCGAGACCGCAAACAUCACGAAUUUCAUCACGCGAAAACCAGCUGAAACGACUAGCUGUUCAACCUCAAAUUCUAUCUGCGAUACCAACCACAUUAUCCGAUGACAUAGGCACAACUAACAUUACAAUCAUUCAAGUGUCCAGUCCCAUUUCGUCGACGAAAACAUCAAAGGAAAUUUUUAACUUUCCGACACUCAACUCGACAAUCGAAAAAGCCGACAACAAUUUUCGGAGCAACGUCCAAAUCAUUCCGUCCAAUUAUUCACCACCACCAUCCAUAACAACCGGCACCAAUCUGCCGGUUAAGGGCAAGACAAACAUUACCGUUCAAGUUUCCGGUGCAACGUCGCUGGCAACUGGCUACGGCAAGAUCAUCAAACAAGGUCUCCAUCGUAGCGAAUCCCAGCCGCAAUCAUCAUCCAGUGUUGCCGAUACUUCGCCUUCCGUCCGCAGUUUUGGCGCUGUGACAAACAUACCCAUUGGCAGUGAUGAGAAACCAACCAAUUCAAUGCAUUAUGAACAAGUGUUUAUCACACCAUCCACCAGCACCGAAGCGAGUGAAGAUAGUCGACAGAUGGCAUCGUCGAAAAUGGUUGUAGCGAAACAGCAACCGAAAUCGUCUAGUCAGAACGAGUUGCAUGUGAACCGAAUCAAUCUUCACAAAGAAACCGUUACGAAUAAGGAAAACAAUGCACCAUCGUCGGAGGAAUUGGCUGUUGCCUCAACAUCAACUGCCGGAACGCAGAAUAUUGUACAGUUAAAUAAUGCAGGCAGUUCUGUCGUUGCUACCAAUCACAACAAGAACCACAUUCCAAGUAGUGCCAACAAAAAGCAGCCCGUCUCAUCGAGAGAGAAUCUUUCGUCACCUCUGCCAGCAAUUAGGAAAUUUUUAACGCGUGGACUCACAGAAGCGUGCAUAUCGCGGCAGAGUCGCAAAGAUUCGGGUAACGAACGACGACAGCCAGUAAAGAACGACGAAACUCACGCCGAAAAUGCCAAUAACGAAUCAACAAACGAUGAAUCUCACGAACAGAGGAGAAGGAGCUCGUCGACAUCCGAUGCACGGUCAAGAUCCGUUAAUAAUAAUGUGAAUAGCACUGCUCCAACAAACGAAUCGCGAAAUCGUAUGCAACCCGCUCCCCAACCAUUCCGCCCCGAAAACACAUCACAUUCCACUAGGCUUACAUUACGCGAACAACAAGUCAUGCAAUUGCGACGCGAAAUGAUUCAUCCGGGCGGCGUUCGUAUACAGUUGCGUCGCAAGGAUUGUAUCGGUUCAAUUGCAUUGAUCGACGCAUUCGGUGGCGUUUGGGUCGGUGGAUGGAAGCAGAAAGAACAUCCGAUGCUGUACAAUGCGUUACACAUCGGCGACCAAUUGAUUUCGAUCGGAGGCAUAAACAUAUCGACAUCGUCCGAAGCAACGCGUGUGAUUCGAAAUGCUCCCGGACUGUAUAUUGAAUUGAUCAUAAGGCGGGUUCCUUUCGGACGAGUGUACGCCAUUCGUCGAGAAAUGGAUGGCCAAUGUUUAGGAUUGAUUAGAGACGGGAAUACUGCGACAAUAGUUGAUGUUGUGCCGAAGAGUCUAUCAGCACGGUACGGUCUUCCACCUAAGGCACAAUCCUGUGAUGGUCUGUCGCUAACAUUUUGGGUGCUAACCGAAAUCAAUGGUCGUCCGUUAAAUUUAUUUUUUAAAGACAAUGAAGUGAAAGACAGACUGAAUUCGGUCGGUCGAGACAUAUCGAUAUUGGUGCAGCCGUCUGACUUGGUGGCCAAACUGAAAAAGCAAUUGAAAUCGAUGCGAAGCUACAAAGAAUACAUUGUGCAAUGAUGUUGUGGGGGUGGGCAGAGGAGGUAAACAAUAUUUUAUCACACAGAGCGGAGGUAAACGAUUUUUUUUAUUUUCUUUAAAAUAAUUUCUUUUUUUUCAUAAAUAAUUUUCACGCAUGGCUGUAGACAAAAUUAACUUUUGUUUGUUUUUGUUUAUUUAAUUUUUAAAUUGAAGAAAAAA